AUGCCCCACUGGAGAGACGAGUAUCUGGCUGCGCUCGCAGUGCGGGAUCAGCGGGAGAAAGCCAACCUCGCGUUCUACGAGGCUUGUUCGUAUAUCUGUGCUGCCGAGGUCUCUCAUCUGUCUCUGAAACUGACCAGGGACCAUUUGACAAUAGACACUCGCUUGGCGGAUCGGACCGCCCAGUGCGCAACGCCGACAGAGCUCAAUAAUGACGCUGAAACUGACAGGCGGGCCUCGGUCUCCCUGAGCGAGGCUCAACGGCCCAACAUUUCUACAGCGGGGACAAGCCCACGAAGCAAAGCCAUUACCGAAAUAGGGCCAUCACUCGCAGAGCUCUUGAAAUCUACUCGCGCCGAUCUGGCUGAGGCGCAGCGGUCUCGAGGCGAACUUCAAGACCAUGUCCGUCAGUUGAGCGUUGAAGUUGAGAAGUUGCGCAAGAAAAGUAGUCGCGACGUACGGCGCCUGAAUGCACUGGAAAAUGAGAAGAGCCUCCUCGGCACGCGCUUAAGGGAUAGAGACGAGGAAUUGAGAGAAAAAACAAAAAUGCUUGAGGAUUUCCAAGCGGAACUGGCGUCUCUCAAUCUGGAGUACAACAUGGCCGAGAAGCGUUCAAAGGAGCUCCAACGCGAAAACAAGGAGCUGGUAGAUCGUUGGAUGGCCCGGAUGAGCAAGGAAGCAGAUGCUAUGAACGACGCAAACAAAUUCUUUUGA